AUGGAUGCCCAAGCCUAUCUUAUGCGGCAUGGCUGGUCCGGACCCGGUACCCCAUUGAACCCAAACCAGCGCCCUGGCCCUCACGGUGGUCUCGGCUUGACGAGACCGAUCCUCGUUGCGCGCAAGCAGAACAAUCACGGUGUUGGAAAGAAGACCACCAAGGACCCUACAAACCAAUGGUGGCUCCGUGGAUUCGAAGAUGCUCUGAAAGGAGUGGGUGAUGACAGUUAUGAAGCCAAUUCGGCUCGAUCGAAUAACGCCUUGACAAGCGAGUUGUAUCGACAUUUCGUGCGGGGGACAGGCCUGUCUGGAACCAUCAACGAAAAGAAGACCACCGAGGUCACAAAGCUGGAAACGAAAGAGAAAUCCAAGUCGAAGUCUAAGAGAAAGCGCGAGUCUGACGAGGAAGGUUCCGACCGCCGCGCGAGAAAGGAAGAGAAGGCUGCGCGCAAAGAGGAAAAGCGCAAGCGACGGAAGGUUGGUGAGGAUACGACAGAGUCGAGUGAGACAUCUGGAUCGGAAAAGCGCAAGGAAAGCAAAGAGGAGCGUCGAGCUAGACGCAAGGCCAAAAAGGAAGAGAAGGAGAUCCGCAAGGAAUUAAAGAAAUCCAAGAAGCUCGAACGAUCGGCCCCCGAAGAAGAUUAUCCGACACCUCUAUCAACUGCAGACACCACGGAAACAGACGAGGCGCCUUCGAACUCACAGAAGAAAGAGGAAAAGCGGGAGCGCAAGAAGUCCAAGAAAGAAAGUCGGGGAUCAGACUCGAAAAAGAAGGACAAGAAAGAAAAAAAGAAAAAAAGUCGUUAA